AUGGAAAGACUUACAAAACACAGCAUUGAGUGUUCAAGUUUCAGAGGUGAUUGGGAAUGUAAAAGCCAGUUUGAGAGAAAGCAGGGAUCUCAGGAAGGACAUUUCAGUGAAAUGAUAUUUACUCCUGAAGACAUGCCCAAUUUCAGUACUCAGCAUCAGAGAAUUCAUACUGAUGAAAAACUCCUUGAAUGUAAGGAAUGUGGGAAGGAUUUUAGUUUUGUGUCAGUCCUUAUUCGACAUCAACGAAUUCAUACUGGUGAGAAACCUUUUGAGUGUAAAGAAUGUGGUAAGGCCUUUGGUAGUGGUGCAAACCUUGCUUACCAUCAAAGAAUUCAUACUGGUGAGAAACCUUAUGAAUGUAAGGAAUGUGGGAAGGCCUUUGGUAGCGGCUCAAACCUUACUCACCAUCAGAGAAUUCACACUGGUGAGAAACCAUAUGAAUGUAAGGAAUGCGGGAAAGCCUUUAGUUUUGGAUCAGGCCUUAUUCGACAUCAGAUCAUUCACAGUGGUGAAAAGCCUUAUGAAUGUAAGGAAUGUGGGAAGUCCUUUAGUUUUGAAUCAGCCCUUACUCGACAUCACAGAAUUCACACAGGUGAGAAACCUUAUGAAUGUAAGGAUUGUGGGAAAGCCUUUGGAAGUGGUUCAAACCUUACUCAACAUCAGCGGAUUCAUACUGGCGAAAAACCUUAUGAAUGUAAAGCAUGUGGAAUGGCCUUUAGUAGUGGCUCAGCUCUUACUCGGCAUCAGAGAAUUCAUACCGGUGAGAAACCAUAUAUAUGUAAUGAAUGUGGGAAGGCCUUUAGUUUUGGAUCAGCCCUCACUCGUCAUCAAAGAAUUCACACUGGUGAGAAACCUUAUGAAUGUAAGGAAUGUGAGAAGGCUUUUAAUAGUGGCUCAGAUCUUGCUCAGCAUCAGAGAAUUCACACUGGUGAAAAACCCUAUGAGUGUAAGGAAUGUGAAAAAGCUUUUAGAAGUGGUUCAAAACUUAUUCAGCAUCAGAGAAUGCACACUGGUGAGAAACCGUAUGAAUGUAAGGAAUGUGGGAAGACCUUUAGUAGUGGUUCAGACCUUACUCAGCAUCAGAGAAUUCAUAGUGGUGAGAAACCCUAUGAAUGUAAGGAAUGUGGGAAGGCCUUUAGUAGUGGCUCAAAACUCAUUCAACACCAGCUUACCCAUACUGGUGAAAAACCCUUUGAAUGUAAAGAAUGUGGGAAGUCCUUUAGUAGUGGCUCAGCUCUUAAUCGGCAUCAGAGAAUACACACUGGUGAGAAAUCCUAUGAAUGUAAGGAAUGUGGGAAGGCUUUUUGUAGUGGCUCCAGCCUUACUCAACAUCAGAGACAUCAUACUGGUGAGAAACCUUAUAAAUGUAAUAACUGUGGAAAGGCUUAUGGAAGGGGUGUAGAGUUUCCACAACAUAAGAAUUGUCAUAAUGGUAAUAAGCUCUGUGAAUUGGAAAUUCUAUGAAUUGAAAUUGUAUGGUGACAGAAAGACUU